AUGAGCACUGGAAAAGUAUUCCAAUGCGACUCUGUCAAAACAAAUCGACUUCAGCGAAAGAAUGGGGGUUCGGCGGAGGCUCCUCCACACAUCAAGGCUUACGAUGCUGCGUUGACGGAUGUCAUCGAAAAAUGGGCAGCCCUAUCAGACGAGCUGGGAGGUGACGUCAAGAUCAUGCGAGAGAAAGUCACUAAUGUGUUCAAUCUACUGAAACUGUUUCUGUGGACAGCUGCUGGCCAAGCCGAGCCAUCGGCUGAUGAGGUUCAGAAACUGUUCUCGCCUAUCUUUAAUCUUCUUUCGGAAAUAAACAGCUUCAAGGAUUCUCGAAGGCAAGCUCCACAAUUCAACCACUUAUCUGCGGUCGCGGAGGGAAUUCCUGCCGUUGGAUGGGUUUUUGUAAAAAAAACUCCUGCUCCUUAUGUCAAAGAGAUGCUCGACUCUUCUAUGUUCUAUAUCAACCGCGUUCUGAAAGAGUUUAAGGUAACACAAUUCACAUUUUUCGAUGUCAUGUCAUUGUACGUCGCAGUAGCUUACACGUGUAGCCGUGAAUACAAAAGCGAUGGCGAUCGAAAGAAUGUAGAAUGGGCCUGGUCAUGGAAAAGCCUCCUGGAGGCUAUGCAAACAUUCGUUCGGCAGGUUCACACCACUGGUCUCGUUUGGAAUAGUGCACCUGGUUACUCACCGCCGAGUAGCAGUCGCAUGACAGUGAAUCGCAGUGCUGCUGGGAACCCAGCACCGCCUCCUCCACCACCACCUCCUCCUUCGUUGUUCGCUGCUCCUACAACGGUCGACGCUGACAAGGGUGGUAGAGAUGCCCUCUUCGCUGAGAUCAACAAGGGUGAAGCUAUCACGGCAGGACUUAGAAGGGUCACCGCCGAUAUGCAGACCCAUAAAAAUCCUGCCUUACGUGAGCAUGUUAGUAUUCUUGUUUCUUAUUCGCUUAGUCGCGUUUGGAAUUGCAUUGCACUUCGCACUGUAGUUCUUCCUUCAUGUAGCCACAUGUAA